AUGAGUAAGACAUUACCAUUAUCAACUCGAGCCAAAACUACUGCUUUGAAACAACCUAAAGAAUUAUUCACAUAUACUAGAAAUAAAGAAGGUCAACAUCAAUAUAAUAAAGAUGGAAUACAUAUUAAUUUAUCAUAUUAUUAUUUACCUGAUUCAAAAAUAGAUAAUAGAAUUGAUUUACAACUGGGGUUUAAAAAUUUUAAAAAAAUUCCAAUGGAACAAGAUUUAGGUGAUUUUCAAUCAUUACUUGAACAAAUCAUUUGUUAUGAAAAAGAAAUUGGGAAAAAACUUGUAGGUGAUAUAAUUACAUUUAGAGGAAUAAUGACUAAAUUAAUGUCAAUACCUUAUAAUUUACAAGAUGCAAUUGAUUUAGUAAUUGUUCCAUAUAAUGGUCAAUUAUUAAUAAAUUUUAAUGUUGAUAUCGAAUUAAAAAGAAGGAAAGAACAAGAAGAUAGACAAAGACAAACUACAACUAAGGAAAAAUAUGAUUACAUUAAAAAAUGUGAAUAUUCAGGAUAUAAAUUUGAAUCAAUAGUUACAAUACCAGAUGUAUGGAGUAAUAUAUCAAGAAAAUAUAUUGAAAAUAGACAUAAACUUCCAAUAAAUAAUUAUGAACAAUUUUUAUCUGUAAUUAAAACUGGUAUAGGGAAUGUUAAGAUCAUAUUAGCGGGAGAAAUAGAUUGUUGUUGGGAUUAUAUUCCAGAUAAUCCUGCUAAUUCAUUAAGUCAUUAUGUUGAAUUAAAAACUACUAAAAUUAUAGAAAAUGAUUUUCAAAUAAUUAAUUUUGAAAAAAAAUUAUUUAAAGCUUGGUGUCAAUGUUUUUUAAUGGGUAUAACUAAAAUAAUAUAUGGAUUUAGAGAUGAUUCAUUUAUUUUAAGAAAUGUUGAAAUUUAUAAUACUGAAGAAGUUCCAUUAUUAAUUAAAGAUAAUCCAUUAAACAAUUUAAAACAAAACCAGGCAAGUAAAAUUAAUUGUACAAAUGCAUUAAAAUGGUAUGGAGCAGUUGUUGAAUGGAUAGUUGAUUCUAUUGAUAAAUCAGAUGAACUGAAAAGUUUUGGUUUAAAAUUUGAUCCAAUAGCUAAGAAACUUACUUUGAAUCAAUUAAAAGAUGAAGAAAAUACAAAAUUAAGAAAUGGUGGAUUGAUAACUGAAGACUUUAAAAAAUGGAGAGAAGAAAAAUUACCUAAUUUAGCUUAA